GUUGGCUCCCAAGUUGGCUUGUGCGUGAAGUGUAUGACUAAGGAGGGCAAGCCAGAUCUGAAUCCAUCCCAGAAAUCGAAAUCAAAGGUGAGCACUGGCUUCACAGAUGUUUUCGCAUUCAGCGGGCCGGCACCUGAGAGGAUCAAUGGUAGACUCGCAAUGAUUGGCUUCGUGGCAGCCAUUGCAGUUGAACUAUCGAAUGGCCAGGACUUGUUCACUCAGAUUAGUGAAGGUGGCAUCCCGUGGUUCAUAGGGACAAGCAUUCUGCUCUCGGUCGCAUCUCUUGUUCCGCUGUUUCAAGGAGUCACGGCCGAGUCUAAGUCAGAUGGGUUGAUGACUUCCGAUGCUGAGUUGUGGAAUGGAAGGUUGGCGAUGUUGGGACUGGUCGCGCUAGCGUUCACCGAAUAUGUCAAGGGAGGAACUCUUGUGUAGGGUUCAGAAUGUAAUCCUCAGAAGCCAAUAAAUUGAACCGUUAUCUUAAUACAAAGAU